AUGGGUCAGCUCGACCGGAGUGGUAUCCACCUCGCAAGAAACCGGCGAUUACUAGUGACGGUGGUAUACUUGCUGCCGUAUGUCUCCAGCUGUGACAGCAACCCGCUGGUACCAAGACCUUCCCCCAGCCCUUCUGCUCACAUCCGCUGUGAAUGUGAGUGUAUCUUCCGACCAGUCUGCGGUUCCGACGGCAAGACAUACUCCAACGAGUGCUCUCUUAAAUGCAUCAGUAGACAUAGAGUGGCUAACGGCUUCCCACCCAUACGCAUAGUUAGCCAAGGACAGUGCCCCCACACACCAUGCAACUGUCCUGUCGGUGGCAAAGCUCUGUGUGGAAAUGAUGGCCACACCUAUGCUAACGAUUGCUUUUUAGAUUGUGAAAACAGAAGACGUCAUCUCAUAGGUCUCGAUCCCAUUGAAGUCAUGUAUCCUGGACCUUGCAAAUUGCCGUAUUGUAUCUGCCCUGAUGUAGUUAUUCCAGUUUGUGGCACUGAUGGUAAGACGUACAAGAAUAUUUGCUACCUUCAGUGCAUCAGUAGGCUUAACCAAGCGAACGGUAAACCUUGCAUCGAAGUAAAACGUGAAGGUCCUUGCGAGAAAGACAGCUGCAUGUGUCCGCUAAACAUAGAUCCAGUUUGUGCGAGCGACGGAAAAACUUACAACAACUUCUGCGAGUUUCUUUGUGAGAACAGAAGACGUUACCAGCUCGGAAAGCCGCGCCUUAGUGUCCAGCACAAGGGGCCGUGUAUGGACUGCCAAUGCCCGAAAAUCUACCAGCCAGUAUGUGGAAGCAAUGGUCAAAGUUUUGCUAAUAUUUGCCUCUUCAAUUGUGAGAACAAGAGACGUAAGCUCCAAAAUCGUCCUUGUCUAACAAUCGACAGUCAGGGAAUUUGUCCGUGCGUUUGUACGCUGCAGUACGAGCCUGUGUGUGGUACUGAUGAGAGGACGUAUGGUAACAGAUGUCAGCACAAAUGUGAGAACAAGAGGAGGUCUGACUUGGGCUUGCCAUUGAUUGGCAUCGCGCACCCCGGCCGCUGCGCCUGUGACUGCUCAUGCUGCACGCGGCUGUUUGCGCCAGUCUGUGGCAGCGACGGCCGCAGUUACUGGAACAAGUGCUGGCUCAAGUGCAACAGAGACUGUAACAGUGACAUCGGAUUCCCGUUGGACGUGUUGCAUUAUGGACCCUGUUAG